AUCCUCGGGCUCUCGCUCGGCAUCACCAUCACCGUGUCGACGAUCAUCAUCCAGAUGAGCGUGCGCCCCGCGGACCUCGGCGUCGCGACGGGCUUCCAGGCGUUCUCGCGCACGCUCGGCGGGCUCAUCGGCCUCGCGAUCUCCACGGCCGUCCUCAACGCGCGCGUCGAGUCGAAGCUCACCAGCGCGUUCCCCGACUCGGGCGUGCGCCAGCAGAUCACGGAGGCGCCCUCGGACAUCGUCCCCACCCUCACGCCGCAGCUCCAGGCGGUCGUGCGCCAGGCGUACAACUCCGGCUACUCUUUGGUGUUUAUUAUCAUCGCGGCGUGGUUCUCGAUCGGCAUCGUCGCGAGCUUUGGCCUGAAACAUGUCAUGCCA